CUCACCUAUCAUCUCAUCGCCCUUUUUCUUUCUUUCCUUAAAAUUUACAUUUUCUUUUUUAUUUUUUGCUCUCCGGUUUUUUUUUAAUUAUAUUGAUUUCGGGUAUGUAGAUUUGUUAAACUCUGUUUCUGGAUAACCCCUUUGAGAGAAUCGGGUGGAUUUUAAGUUCCGAUCAUUUUCCGAUGCGGAAAGGGAGAAGAGCCGACGUAGCGAUGAAACUGGCGGUGGAACCCAACGGAUCUGUAAAAGAACAAAGAUACAGAGGUGUUAGGAAAAGACCAUGGGGAAAAUUCGCGGCGGAGAUCAGAGAUCCAUGGAAAAAAACCAGGGUUUGGCUAGGGACCUUCAAUUCUGCCGAAGAAGCCGCUCGAGCCUACGAUGCGGCGGCGAUUUCCCUCCGUGGAAACAAAGCGAAAACGAAUUUCGCCUUAAGUUCCUUGGACCUCCCACCUUUUCAUCACAGCAACAAUGAAGCCUUCAUCGACGGCCACCUGAUAUAUCCGUCAGGGGCUGAUUGUAAAGAUCCGGAAGUGAAUCCGCAAAGACCGGCGAGGAGUAGCAUGAGUAGCACGGUGGAGUCUUUUGGUGGGCCGAGACCAGCCCAACCACAGCAGAAACCGACGGCGGUUACGACUCGGAAGUGCGCACCGCCAGUGGUGCCGGACGAUUGUCACAGUGACUGUGAUUCAUCGUCGUCAGUUGUCGAUGACGGGGAUGGUAUGGCAUCGUCGUCUUGCCGGAAAACCUUGCCUUUCGAUCUCAAUUUUCCACCGUUGGAUGAACUCGACGAUCUCACUCUAUGUCUCUGAUCAGUUAGUCGAUCUUAAAGUAUCCUUUUUGCGAUUUAUCAAAUGAUAGAUCUUUGUCGCUGGAAACAUGAUGGUGAUUUAGGGUUUUUGAUUAUCAUAUCUCAACUCUGAUGAUCUGAAAGAUCUUUCAUUUUGUAUAAACAAUUUGUCUAAUUCAAUCCCUAAAGAAGCGAUUGCUUUCACUUUCA